AAACUUCCGUUGUGCUGCCUUCAAAAAUACCUCCCGCUCCAAAUUAAGGUGACAAUUUUGACAAAAUGUUACCUUUGUUCUGGCCGUCGCGUUCGUAUACAGCUAUAAUAAUGAGUUAGGAGGCAAAUCCAGCAUUUUAGAACCUUUAGAGUACCUUAGAAAGAGAGCACCAGUCGCCGUGGUCCUGUCAAUCACCUAAAAAUCCCCAAAUGGGUGGUGGAUGUAGCGCACCUAGUGCAUCAUCUACCGCAGGUGUUCUACCGGAGGAUGAAGUUCCAGUCUUCAAGGUGGUCCUUAUAGGGGACCCUGAGGCAGGGAAAUCCAGCGUGUUCCUGCGUUAUACCAAGAACCAGUUUGACUACAGCUACCAGCCGACUACAUCUGUCAACAUAGCCAAUGUGGUGCGUAAAGUGAACGUCCCUGACCAUGUGGUGGUGUCCGUCACACUGUGGGACCUGCCUGGACGUGAAGAUGUUGAUCUCAGGAGGAGUUACUACAAGGACAUUGACGCUGCCAUAGUUGUAGUGGACCUGACAGACAAACAGUCCAUAGAACUAGCGGGGUCCUGGAAACAGGACAUCUUAAACAACACCUUACUGACACAAGAUGCCUCAGAGACGUCUUCAGACGGGAAAGAGAACACCCCGCCCAACAUGGCCAGGCACGUUCCUGUACUGCUGCUGGGGAACAAGUAUGAUGAGAUUGUGAAACGUGAGCGUGAAAAGGCUGAUGAUGAGGGUGAGGCUGACAUUGUGAAAGAACCACCUGUUGAAGUACAGGAACUGGAGAGGGUAGCAGAACUGCACGGCUUUGUGGGCAGUGUGUUGGUGUCAGCCAAAGAGUCAGAUAACUCAGUCCACAGAGCCAUGCAGUCUUUAGUAAGACAUCUUCUGGAGAGGAAAUUACAACAGAGACUUGCUAAGAAGAAAGGAGGCAACAAACAAAGCCAGAGGAAGAAAAGAAAAGCCAGCCAAGACACUGAUAGUUUCACUCCUCUGGAAGAGGUUGGAUUGCAGGAGAUUGACGACCUGCUACACCAGUGUAACCCACCGCUGAAGAAGCUGACCCAGUGUAGCAGUGCCCUGGAGAAGUCCCUGGAGCAGUUCAGGAGGGCCUGUGUUCAGACAGGCAUGGUUACUGUCACCACGGCCAGCCUGGAGGACUGCAUCUGUGGGGUCAGGGACAAACUGGGGGAGGGGAACAGCCUGGAGGCUGUAGAUGAUGGUGGGUUCCUCCAGCUGGUAGUGAAGGGGGAGGGGGAGGUUCUAGAGGAGGUCACAGAAACUCUACAGGUGUUCCACACACAGGUUGUUGUGUCCAGUAAGGCUGUCCUGCAGCACUGUCCAGCGGCCGGCACCAUGUUAGCCGACCUGGACGCCAAGGUCGCCACCAAGGCCGAUGCCAUCUGGGACACAGCGAAGCAGGCUGGGAAGACCGCAAAGGAAGUGAAACAAGCGCAGGCCACGAUCACCCGCAACAGGGCGUGCAUCGCGCAGGCGCGGACUAGCGGCGCGCAGAGCCUGAAAACCGUGGAUAGUUCAUACCAGAAGAUAAAGGCAGCUCUUCUGUGGUGAUGUAGCAUACUAGAGGUCAUAUAAGGACAAUGCCGCCUACUUUCCUCAGUAUAAAACUGAUAUGGUCAGGUGGCAAACUCCAUUAGCUUCAGGGGGGGUACACCAAAUUGCAUUUUGGACUACUCUGAAUAUUUUUAUCUGUUAACGUAUACAUGAA